AUGGGUACGUCAAGCGAGGUUUCUCUCGCACAUCAUAGGGAUAUCUACCAUUACUAUGUCUCGCUGAAGACUUUUUUCGAGGUGACUGGUGAAAAUCGCGACAGGUCAAACUCGACACGAGCUCAGAAGGCCAGAGCCAAGCUAUUAAAGCUAUCUUCUUCUCAAUUUUACGAACUCAGUACGGACGUGUCUGAUGAGCUGCAGAGGAGAAUUGGUGAAGAUGCUAACCAACCGGAUUAUCUUUUGCCGAAGGCCAAUUUCCACAUGAAGAGGAACCAGGCUAGACAGAAACUGGCCAAUCUAUCACAAACUCGAUUUAACGAUUUGUUGGACGAUAUCCUUUUUGAAAUUAAGAGAAGAGGGUUUGACAAGGACUUGGAUGCUCCACCACCCCCAUUACCACAGCCGACGAAACAGGAGGUCGGAAAAGACAGCGACGAUCGUGCAAGAACAUCCACAAAUUCUUCCUCUGUAACUCAGGUAGCUCCAAACGUCUCCGUACAACCUUCUUUGGUUAUUCCUAAGAUGGCAUCGAUUGAUUGGUCUUCUGAGGAAGAAGAAGAAGAACAGGGAAAGAAAAAGCCAAACGAACUGGAGGAAGAAAAAAAAAGCACAGAUGAAAAGAAAGAAGCUAAACCUGCCCUAGAUUCUAUAGUCACGGAUGCCGCUUUGCCUGACUCCCAAGUGCUCGUUCGUGAUAUCACGUCAAUGGCAAGGACUCCGACAACAACGCAUAAAAAUUACUGGGACGUUAAUGACUCUCCAAUCAUCAAGGUAGAUAAUGACAUCGAUAGCAACAAGGCUCUCGAACAAUCGAAAAGCCCCGAAGCACAACUCCUCUCGAACAAUAACCCUGCUUCAGAUAUGAAAGAUAAGGUUAAAGAACUGACUGAUUUAAACAGCGAUUUGCACUCGCAAAUCGAAGAUUUGAAUGCAAAAUUAGCAUCUUUAACAAGUGAGAAGGAAAAGGAAAAGGAAAAGGAAAAAGAAAAGGAUAUAAAGAACCACUACACCAUUGAUGAAAGUUUUCAGAAGGAAAUGCUGUCAUUGAACUCUCAAAUCGGUGAAUUAUCAAUUGAAAAUGAAAAUUUGAAGCAGAAAAUCUCAGAAUUCGAAUUGCAUCAAAAGAAGAACGACAACCAUAAUGAUUUGAAAAUCAGCGACGGUUUUAUUAACAAGCACUCUUCUGCUGAUGGACUCAUUCCCGUCCAAUACAUCUUAAAUGCUAAUAACUUAAUAAUUCAAUUCACCACUAGGCUCUCCGCGGUAUCCAUAGGUGACUCCACGGCAAUCUCUCAUCAAAUUGGCGAAGAGCUAUUUCAAAUAUUAUCCCAAAUAUCGAAUUUAUUUUCCCAACUAUUACUAUCGGCGGACCUAUUACAGUAUAAAGAUCAGGUCAUUCUACUAAAAGCGUCAUUAUCCCAUGCGAUCACUUCGAUAAGAUAUUUUUCUGUUUAUGGCCCAGUAUUAAUCCCAAAGAUAACUGUUCAAGCUGCUGUUUCAGAGGUUAGUUUUGCCAUGUGUAAUUUAAUUGAUUCAGCGAAAAUUAAAUCCGAUUCAAAUGGUAAUAGCAUCACCAAUAAUGAAGCUAACCGUCAAACGUUAGAAUACUCUUCACCAACUACUACCACACCAAUGACACCAACGUUCCCUUCGUCUUCUUCUGCAAUAAAUAUGAAGAAAGGAUUCAUAAACCCAAGAAAAUCAACAUCUUUCUUGAAUGAUGUGGAAGAAGAAGAAUCUCCCGUGAAACCAUUGAAAAUUACACAAAAGGCAAUUAACAGUCCGAUCAUAAGACCGUCUUCGUCCAAUGGGGUUCCAACAACUUCAAGGAAACCAUCAGGAACUGGGCUAUUUAGCUUAAUGAUUGAUUCAUCGAUUGCUAAGAAUAACUCCCACAAAGAGGAUAAUGAUAAAUACGUCUCGCCCAUAAAGCCAAUAACGUCCGCUUCCAAUUCAGCAAGCAGCAAUAUUUCCGAAAUUCCCAAACUUACGCUACCUCCACAAGACAAAAUUAGUACUGUCAUUCCACCGUCAGAGAAUCGAGUCCCCAACAUUAAAAUCGAGAAUGCAGAAGAGGAUGACAAAAGAAGCGAUAUAACAAAUAAAACCUUAUCUACACCAACCUCUAGCAUUGCCGAUAAACUAAAGCAAUUUGAACAUAGCUCCGAAAAGAAACAAUCACCGAAGGAAAAUCCCGUACCAAACGAAGAGGUGGAUUCGAAACCUGUAUUCUCUAAUAAAUUUAUCAGUUCAAUGAAUGAUGUAUCCACAGAUGAUUCGAGUUCUGAUGGUAACGAAAAUGACGAUUUAGACGAUGAUGACGAUUUUACUUAUAUGGCGUUGAAACAAACAAUGAAGAGAGAAGGUUCUAAAACUGAAAAAAAGAUUGAUAACAAACUACCUGCGAAUAUAAUAGAAAUUGACCUACAUGAGUCGCCCGAGUCUGUGAAGAUCGAAUCUCCAGAAUCGAUAAAGGAAAUCGGAUCUUCUGAAAUGUCUCCAAAAAUUGCAAAUAAUUUACCGCCUAAGAGGUUAGUUGAGAAUAGCGAGUCUUCGGAUGUGGUAGAGAAAGUUGCGUCUGCAGAAUCUAUCGAGAAGAAAAAGUCUCCAGAAUCGGCUGGUAAGGCCGAGUCUCCGGGUGUGACGGAGAAGAUUAAAUCUUUGGGUAUGGCAGGUGAAAUUGUAGCUCCAGAAUCAGCUGGUAAGCUGAAAUCUCCGGGUGUAACAGACAAGACUAAAUCUUUGGGUGUGACAGGUAAAACUGUAGCUCCAGAACCAGCUCGUAAGAUGGAAUCUCCGGGUAUAACAGAGACGAUUAAGUCUUUAGAUAUGACCGGAAACAUUGUGGCUCCAGAGUCAAUUAAGUCUCACGAAACGGCCAGGAAGUUGGUGUCACCAGGAGUGGUUGGGAGGAUUGAUUCACCAGAAGUGGUAAUGGAUAGCGAGUCCUCAGAAAUAGUAAGCAAUGCUAUUCCCUCAGAGAUGACAAUGAAAAUAGAAUCCCCAAAUGUAAUUCAAAAGACCGAGUCUGAACCUCAAGAAAUAACGAGAGAUAUUGCAUCCUCAGACACGAUAGGGAAGAUUGGUCCCCCAAAAGUGUUAAAAAAGAUCAUCUUUCCAAAGGCAAUUAACAAAAUUGGAUCAUCAGAAGCAGUUGAAAAGACUCUGUCUUCAGGGACACCAAAAAAGAGCGAGCUCCCAGAAACGAAUGGUCAAAUUGUGUCUCCUGAAGUAGCAAAAACUUCACCUCUAGUAUCGAUAAAGAAUACUGUCGAAUUACCAGAAAGUAAUAAAUCACACACUGAGAGCAUCACCUCAGUCGAAGCUGCCAACAAGGAGCUCAAUAGUUCUUGGGGAGGCGUGGAUUUAAACCGUACGAUCAAACAAGAGGAUGAAGAUGAAGAUUUUAAUAGAGUAAAUCACAAUGCUCAGACCGUUUCUGCCGAAACAAAAUAUGAAAAAAAUGAUUAUGAUAAAAUUCCCGUUAAUCACAAAGCGAAAAGCCCUGGUCAGGUGCAUACCUCCCAGGAAGAUAUUGAUGGAGCACCUUAUGUCCAUGGAAAAAGAACCGAUGCCCAUGUACGCACCGCUGAAGGGGGGCGUGGCUUCAUAAAUCCAGUCGAAAGUUCACAGGUAAAGAAGACGAACCACUUGCCAGUAUCGAACGACAAACCGGUUGAAAAUGGGGACUCAGAGCUGAACGAUGGCGACGUGAAGAUAAAAAAUACUGCAGAAACCACAGUACAUGAUGAGAAACAUUAUAGUGACGAUGAUGAUUCCAGUUAUCAAUUUGUCCCCAUGAAACACCAUGAACAAGAACAAGAACAAGAACAAAAUGCAACGUAUAGAAGUGAAGAGGAAGAAAGUGAAGACGACGAUGACGACGAAGGAGAUAGUGAUUUUGAUGUGGAUACAUUUGACAUUGAAAAUCCAGAUAACACCCUUUCGGAGUUAUUAUUGUAUUUAGAGCAUCAAACGAUGGACGUCAUAUCCACAAUUCAAUCGCUUUUGACAUCGAUCAAGAAGCCGCAGGUGACGAAGGGUAAUUUGAGGGGGGAAUCAAAUGCAAUUAACCAAGUGAUAGGUCAGAUGGUGGACGCCACUAGCAUAUCAAUGGAGCAAAGUAGGAAUGCAAAUUUGAAGAAACAUGGUGAUUGGGUGGUACAAAGCUUGAGAGACUGUUCGCGUAGGAUGACGAUUUUGUGCCAAUUAACCAGCGAUGGAGUGCUAGCAAAGGAAAAGAGCGAUCAAGAUUAUGCUGACAAAAACUUUAAACAGCGGUUAGCAGGUAUUGCGUUUGAUGUGGCCAAAUGUACCAAGGAGCUGGUGAAAACCGUGGAAGAAGCGAGUUUGAAAGACGAGAUAAAUUAUUUGAAUUCGAAGUUGAAGUAG